CGACACUGUGUUUCUUGCUACUCCACCUAGCCAAGUAUUGACUUCUCUGAACAACUUCUUAUAAUAUAGUAUUAAUUUCUCUGACUGUUCUCUCCCUCUCCGCUUCAAAGCCUCUUGUCCGCAGCAACUACGUUGUUGUCUUUUUCCUACAACUACUGAGGGAUGAACUGGAAGAUGCACAACUAAUUAAAUCUUCUGUAAUACCCCACGAAUGGGUACACUACUACUACUACUAUGUUGCAGCCAGGACAUGGACAUGGAGAUCCCACACUCUGACUCUAACAUAGCCCGAAAAGAGAUUGCACAGUGCAAAGUCACAGUGCAUCAGCAGCAACAGGAAAUUGAUCGACUCCUCUGUGGGUGUUGGUUCGGUUCAACACCGAGAGCAGUUGCAUCGAGGACAGCUUUCUCUGGAGGCGCAAUGUCAAUUUCAACGACCAGAAGAUUAUGGCUGAGGCUGUCGCAUAGUAGACCGAAUCAACUGGUGCACUACGGGCUGACCGGAACUUGCGAAAGAACUAGACGGGGGUUUGCUUUCCUCUUCAAAAGAAGAGGGAAAGAGGAAGAGCCAAUCUAUCAGUCACCCAUCAAUUCAAGGCAGUAUGCUCGACUUGAGGUUAGGUUACCGAUAACGACGUUGAGAUCAAAAAGGGUUGACAAAAACAGUACUAGAGCGUCGCAUAGCACUCUGGAUCCUCUGCUGCUUCUAUGGUGAAAUUUCAGCACUGUGUCGCAUAGCACUCUGGAUCCUCGGCGCCGGUGAAAUUGAAGAGACUUUUUCCUGAGACGCCUGAGACGACUACACAAGUAGAAGUACCUGGUAGACGUAGAUAGUAUAUUUGGGGAAAGCCUACCAAUGACGUAGAUAGUACUCUAUGACUAGGGGUAGAGACGUAGAUAGUACCUGGCUUGUUCCCACCAAUGCUUCGUCUUGUUCGGGAGACUGACAGAGUAUAAGACCUGUGUCUCUGGAACCAAAGAUGGAGACGGCGAGCCACUCCAAAGAAGUUGAAGCGGUAGUGGAACUGCAUCAAGAUCGAGAACUGCAUCAAGAUCGAGAACUGCAUCAAGAUGGACCGAACAACUAGAGCGAUGUCUUGGCUUUUUAGCUCUCUUCGUCUUUUGAUCAUACCCCUCGAUAUCUAAUGAGAAAUAACUCGCCAAAAGCUGCCUCUUCACAGGCAUAUCAAUCAAUCAAUCAAGUUGUCGUGCUUAAUUUGUAGAGAGAAGAAGAUUGAGAUCAUUUCGUCUUCGUUGUAGCUGAGAACAGUCGUAGCUGAGAACAGACGUAGCUGAGGAGGACUUCUUCAUCUAGUUGUUUACGCAAGUUAGAAGACACGCAGUAGCUAUCCUUUAUUUACAGGUGAGUAGAAACGCAGUACUAGUUCGAAGCUUAUUUUGUCGACAUCACAAUGACCACACACUCCUUUGAGCGGUGUCCCAGAAAGAAUCCGAAGAAUGAAUCCCAGAGUUAGCGCGUAGAGAGAGAAUCACACACUUCAUCAACAUAGGAAAAGAUAAUAUCCAAAAUCAUUUGGAUUGCCGUUGGAGCCGU